AUGGGACUACAGCUGACAUUUGAGGCCAGAGAUACAUCCAAUAAUGCAUUGGACACCCGACUGGGAGUGGAGGUGGAGAUUCUAGACAUCAAUGACAACCCACCGGUUUUCCAAAAGAACACUUACACCGUCAACCUGAAAGAGUCUACUUCACAAGGAGAUUUCGUGACAGCUGUAGUGGCAACAGAUAAAGAUCAACGCAGGACAAACAACGGCACAUUUGACCUAAAGAUGGUCUCCAUCACCCCUACACCCCCAGACAACCUGGAGUUCUUCCUUGAGCAAAGUGGUUCGACUGGAAUCAUCAAAUUCAAAGGGUGUCUGGAGCACGAGAAAUCAGAGAAAUACACCAUCCUGGUGGAGGCUAAAGAUCGUGGAGAGGUGGUUCAGCUCUCCAGCACCUGUACAAACAUCAUCAAUAUAGAGGACGGAAACAACCAUUUGCCUGUCUUCACUGGGCAAACGGGUGCAGGAAGCAUCAAGGAGAGAGACAGCAGUGAUGUGCCAAUUCUUCGGCUCCAGGUUUCAGACCAAGAUACCAAAGGUACUGAAGCCUGGAAGGCCAAAUACACUAUCCACGGAGACAAGGACCAGAACUUCAGAAUCACCACUGAUCCAGACACCAACGAAGGAGUCUUGUUUGUUGAAAAGCCUCUGGACUACGAGGAUGGCUCUCAGAGGAACCUGUCAGUCAGUGUAGAGAACGAAGCGCCCUACUUCUCUUGUAAGGUCAAAGGUCGUCCUGCCACAGACCUGUGGGAUGUGGUCACCACAGGUGGGGCAUCUUUGACCGGCCUCAAACCGCCCCUGCUGCCCACCCGCCAGGUGACGGUCACGGUGGAGGACGUCAACGACCCGCCCAUCUUCCCCUAUGCCAUCAAAAACGUGACGGUGGAGGAGAAUGUGGAGGAGGGCUGGUACCUGGAGACGUUCACUGCCAUCGAUCUGGACAGGAGCCAUGCCAACACCUUCAAGUACGUGAAAGGAAAGGACCCUUGUGACUGUGUGGCAGUAGACGCAAUGACUGGCAAAAUAACCACAACUAAGAUCUUAGACCGAGAGUCACCUUAUGUGAAGGACAAUGUCUAUCAAGUGACAGUGUUUGCUAUUGAUGAUGGCCAGCCUCCCAUGACCGGAACUGGAACGCUCAACAUCCAACUAAAGGACCAGAAUGACAACCUUCCGGAGCUUGAGAUGGCCACCAUGGACAUGUGUCUUUCAGAUGAGCACAGCGAGGUCAACAUCACAGCCUACGACCUGGAUGGAGAACCCUACAGCGGACCAUUCUACUUCCAACUCCAAGGGGACGAUGUCAAGGGCAAGUGGAGGAUUGACCCCGACAGCGGCUACACAGUGAAACUGGUGAAGGAGAACACCGUGUACGCAGGUCACCACGACCUGCUGCUGAAGGUGUUUGACCUGCAGGGUCAGGGUGCCCUCCACAACCUGUCGGUCACCGUGUGUGACUGCUCCAGGGUGGCCAGCUGCCGCAUGCGCAGGGUCACUGGAACCAAGAUUGGAGAGAGUGCUGUAGGGGUUGUCCUCGCUGCCAUGUUGCUACUACUAGGUGUUGUACUGUUGGCCCUCCUGAUGACCUGUAAGAGAGAUCUGAAGCUGAUCCCUGUAGAUGAAAUCUCUGGAGAACAUCUGCUCAAAUCUAACAUUGAGAUCCCAGGAACUGAUUGCAAGGCUGUACAGAAGUCAGCCAGUAUGCGAGCAUCGGUACGUUCAGGCUAUUCCAAGUAUUCCUCCUACCAAGAGCAACAAGAGGGACAGUUUCAACGAGGAACCUCCCUGCGCAAGAGGAUGUACACCCUGCAAGUUAAAGGAGAGGAGCUGGGGGACUAUGCCCCGCACCCCUACGCUGAAGAGGGGGACCUAGAGACAGACCUCCAGCUGGAUGCUAUCUCCAUCCCUGAGACCCUCUUCGACCAGGACACGCUCCUCUACCUGGGCCCCAGGUUCAACACCCUGGCCUCCUUCUGCAACACCCCAGACCUCAGCGCAUCCUAA